AGUUUCACUAUGAUACUCGAAUGCGACAAUAUUACUUUGAAAAAUCGACUCCCGUCAAACGAUUCAAGAGGUUCAAACAUUUUAAUGACGGGAACUAAUGUUAUUGAUCAUAUUGCCAUACCUCUAAUAAGCUGUUGCGGCGUCUUAGGAAACUUCUUAAACGUUGUUGUAUUCACAUCGCGUAUAGUUUUCUCGGAGGAGGCUAGACGCUCAAAAAAAUGGCCAAAUCAUAGUUCUUAUAUUAGAAUAUCGAUCGAGAGGUCGUUAUUAAUUUGUUUAACAUCUUGGGCAAUGUCUAAUUUUCUGAUAUGCAUAAUGGCCAUACCAAAAGCAAGCGAAGACGCGAAUCGGUUUUGGUUUGAAGAAAAGAAUUUCACAUUUUACUACGCCCUAUAUAGUACGGCAAUGUUGAACAUGCUAUCCAGAUUAUCCGUUCUAUUGGCAACUUUAAUUGUACUAUGCCAUUACUGCUGCAUUUGUUGGAGUGACUUGGCAGCAAUAAUUGUGCAUCCUCGAUAUUUAUCAGCGGCCACUCUAACGCUCUUCUUUAUUUGUGUUUUAGGACACGUUCCAGAUUUUCUUACACAGCAGUCGCACAGAUGGAAUAAUACGAAUGGUACAAAAUGGUCCACAAUAGUCCCAAAAGAGAGUGGUGCAUCUAAGCAAGAGAGCAAGCAGUUGGCAUAUAAAUUAGCCUGGUCAACAAUUGGAUUUUUUAUACCACUAGUAAUCCUCUGCUUUUGCUUUGUUUUAAUAACUAAGCAAUUAAGAACAUGUUCCAUUUCAAAAAGUACUAGGACGAAGAAGGCUACCAGAAGAGCUCUUAUAGCGGCUAUUGUUCUGGCUUUGAUGAUUGCCAUUUUGGCAACGCCUAGUGAGGUUUUAGAUUUAGUUGAUCUCUUAAUAUGCGAUCACGAAUAUUCCCUAGCAUUUAGAUUUUCAUUAAGCUUAGCAAAUUUGGCAAAUACCGUACAAUUUUCAUUCAAUUCGUUAUUCUGUUUAAUAAUUGAUGUAAAUCAUCGCCGAAGUUCCAUACAAUUGCUACGAACAUGCCAAAGGAAAAGCUUAGGAAAAGAAUCAGAAACUGAGAAAAUGAGGAAUAAGCCGACUGAAUUAUGAAACCGGUUUUUCUUCCAUUUUCACUUUAUCCUGUGUAUUUUUUUUUAAAUUUCUCUCUCUCUCUCUCUCUCUCUCUC